GCGACUUGGCGCGCGAGUGGCGCAUGCAAACAUGGAGGAGUUUAAGGUAAGACUCGCGGCGCUGGUGCGCUCCUACAAACACUUGUACGACUCGUCUCUGAGAGAAUAUAAAGACUACCAGCUGGUACAGAACUCGUGGAAAGAGAUAGCGGCCCUGAUGGGCAAAGACGCGAACUUUUGCCGUAAAGUGUGGAAGAACACGCGGGACUAUUUUGUCAAAGCCAAAAAGCGAAUGCGUGGACGGAGCGGCGGGAAUAAUAAACUCCUUCCACCGAUCGUCAACGAACUGGAAUGGCUGUCCGAGUUUGUAAAACACCGUGAGUCCGACGGAAUUAACGUCAAGAGUGAAGAUACCGACUCCAGCCAAAAGUACGCUGUUCACCCGGAGACCAUCAGCAGCUCAGCCGCGACUAGUGCCGCCAAGUUCACCCAGUCGGAGAACAGCGCCUUCUCAGCAGUGGGUUUGUCCACUCCUGAAUCCACACCAGAGACCACUCCUCCCUCUCCGAUUCCACCCUCACCUUCGCUGAGCGUCUCCUCCCACCCGUCGGCCUCCUCUGCCUCUCCUUGCCGCUCGGUACGUAAGAGGAAACACCCCGCAGACGAAGACCUCCUGCACAGACUGGAGGAGCUGAAUGAGGAGCACAGGAGGGCCGUGCAGCACAGCAGCGAAGAUUUCCACUUUGCAGUCGUCAUUUCCGACAUGCUGAGUAAAAUUGAUCCCGAGCACAAGUCUGAAAUUAAAUUUAAAGUGUAUAAGCUGCUUUUUGAGGCGGAGAUGCGCUAUGGCAAAGAGUGAAUGCAGACACUUGAAGGCUUCCGUUUACUAACCGUCUUUAUUUGUUGGUGUCUUCAGUUUAUGAGCAGUUCCUGCUUUUAACGACAGCGGCUCUGGGAUUUUAUUGAAUGUUUGUCUCUGUAUUAAAGGGUUUUUCUACAGUUUAGCGACCAAACGCUAGUGGCUGUGAGACUUGACGUAGACGACGCAGUGCAGCCGGAUUAAUAGAGGGGAACUGUGGCUUGGCGCGCACACUUUUGUCCCGGCACAUUAGCAUUAUUGUAUGUUCUAUCUUAACAUCACCACUGUUAUUUCAGUGUAACACAUCUGCAAUAACUUUCAGGUGCUGGGGGUUAAAUUUAGUAUUUGUAUCUCUUUUCCCCCAGUAUUUGAAAUGUGAAAAAUGUUCCAUGUUGCUAUCAAUAGUUCACAAGCACCCCGAAAUGUUAUGUUUUCUUAAAUAUGAAAGUUGAAUGGGAUGCACCCAAAAACCUUUUAUCACAGUUUUGAUAGACACAAAACUCAUAUAUGUGCAUUUGUCUGUUGACCCUGGGAUAGACUGGCAGUCAGUCCAGGGUGUCCUCAGCCUCUUGCCAAAAACCCAUUUGGCUUGGCUCCAGCCCCCCUGUGACUGACUUAGAAUACAGUGUAGAAAAUGAAUGGGGGAAAAAAAAUGUAUUCCCUAUAUUGUAGUGCAAAUAAAUGUGCGUCUUGAGUUUUAUUUUUUAAAUAAAGUGUUUUGUAUUGACAUGAUUGUUUUGAAGAUUAAAUCA